AAGUAUGUUAAAUCUUUGUUUCCAUUGUGAAGAUUUUGGUUUUACUGCUAAAUGGAACUUUUUUGCAACUAGUCACGGUAAGCAACCUUGUGAUGGGAUAGGUGGUACAGUCAAACGUCUGGCAACACUAGCAAGUUUGUAAAGAGAUAUGGAUAAUCAUAUUUUAUCUCCACAAACAAUGUAUAAAUAUUGCAAUGAAAACAUUGAAGGCAUAAAUUUCAUAUAUAUUUCAUCAGAAGAUUUAACUUUGGUGAGAACCGCUCUUAAAGAACGAUUGGAUACUGCUAAUACAAUACCUGGAACACGUAGUUACCAUCAGUUUGUACCACUUGGCCAUCAAAAGGUAGGCACUAAGCUAGGCAGUAUUGAUGAAGAAUUUGCUUUAAUCCAUGACUUUGGAAAUAUCCAGAUAACAACUGUAAACCUAGUACCAGGUGAUUAUGCCUGUGUUUCCUAUGUGUGGUGGAUAGGAGUCAUUGAAGGUAUUAAUUUAGAAGAAAAAGAUGUGCUUGUAAAAUUUAUGUGUCCUAAUGAUCCUGCAUGGUCGUUUAAAUGGUCACUAAAGGAAAGCCAAUGCUGGAUUCCUGAUGUCCACAUUAUUUGCGAAAUUGAGCUUCCAAAGUUUAUUAAUUUCAUUAGAUAUAGGAAGCUAAGAAAUGCUUUUACACUUGAUCUUUCAGAGCUGUUUGAUGAUAUAGCAACUACAUCAACUUUAUUUAUAGACAUGUCAUAA